GUGCCCAGUGCCCAGUGCCCACCAAUGGAAAAUUGAUAAGUCCCGGCUUAAGAAAUUUGAGAAAUGGCGUCCACCAGCGUGUCAAGGCCCCAAAUCCUCUCCCUUUACCGUUCUCUCCUCCGGACAGCUCGCCAGUUCACCGACUACAACAUCCGCCAGUACUCCAGGCGCUGGGCGGUCGAUGGGUUCCGGCAGAACGGGGGUUUAACUGACCCGUCUUCAAUCUCCGCUGCAUUCUCCGACGGGGAAUCUCAGCUCGAAGUCGUCAAGAGACAGGCCGUCGUGUACUCGCUCUACGCGCCCGAGAUCAGGAGCGUUAUGGAGACCUACUUAGCAGGCAAGCGAUCAUGAAGACGAGUUCCGGUGUGCUUGUUUUCCUUUCUCUCAAUUUCCACCCAAGCAGUAAGAUUUAGGUUUUUGUAAUUUUUUUUUCCAUUAUCAUCUCAAAUUUCUGAUAGGAUUUGGACUUGCUUUGUAUCAUAAGGUGAUCUGGGUUUAAACUUUCACCCCGUUUGUUCUUCAUUUUUUGCGCCUUCAGAGUUCAUUCAGGCUUUGCAAGAGCAAAGCAAGAAUAACUACAGAUGUAUGAUUAGUUAGCCUAAUCCAGUAGAGAAUACACAGCAGGGCCGAUUUUAAGCGUAUGGUUUAGUUGUUGCAUAGUUAAUUUGGAAAUGUUUCUGUUUCUAGUGUAUUCUAGCUGUAUAUUGUAGCUUCAUGAACGAUCUUUGAGGGGGUGUUACUAUGUUAGCAGAUUUGCCUGUGAAUAUCCAUGUUUUGUGGUAUGGUUGGUAUCUUCUACUUUUGGUGGAAGGAGAUCAGAUAAUUGAGCUACAAGGUACUUGUCUUUAUGUCAUGGUGAUGGUGUAGGCUGAAUAGGAAUCUCUCGUUCUUUUUACGCCAAUCAUGCUCUUAGAGUCCAGUUUCUCUCCUUGAUUCCGACCUCAACCAAGUAUUUAGCUCUUGUGUGGUCUUUCAGCUGCUUCCCAGGUUGAUGUUUCUGGAUAUUCUAAGGACCGUCUUGACGGUUUUAUGGUAGGUAGCUGGUGAGAUAAUUGAUUUAGGGACAAUAUCAAACCGUUUCAGGUUCGUAGCGUUUGAUUGCUCUCGGUUGUUUCUGAUGAUGAAUCUGGAAAUACCUGCCUAAAUUCUCCCUUUUUAUUCUCUUGGUCACUCCUUUUCCUUCCUCUCUUGAUGUCAUGCAAUCCUCUACUUUUUCUCGCUGCCAUCCUGCGCUUCUUAUGAAUUUCCAUUAAGUGGAAGGAUUUGCAUCGUCAUUCAACUAGCCAAUUCAUGAAUCAGAGGCUUCAAUGCUGGAGGAUGAGAGCUUUUGUAGAUGGGUUUGCUGUUAUCAAAGGAUUGAUAGUAUUCGAAGGCGAAUUUGUAAGGCUGUGCAUGGAUGGGACAUUGUGAAGUGGAAUUGGGAUUGGUUCACGUGGGACAUUGCAUAACUGGUGAUUUGGUUCUAGCUCUUGAUUUUUCUUGUGUUCUUCGAUUUGUAGUUCGUUUUGCUACUUCGACUCGUUUGAUUUCAUGUCUUCCGGAAACAGGGUAAAGUACUAAAGUCGUCUAUGCUGGCUUUUGAUUUUCAUUAUAAUGUUGAUAGGUAUUUAGGUAGUUGAAAAUGAGGUCUGGGCUAUGAGCCCAUGACUACGAAUGUUUUACAUUUGUAUGAAUAGUGGCUAGAUAAAUCUUGAUACAUGGUGUUAGCAAGGGGGACGUUGGAUGUCUUCUUUAAUGAUAGCAAGGAGAACCCUCUUUUACUGCUGCGAGAUCUGAAACUUCUACAACCGUUGCUAGUCCUGCAAUGCCUGUGUUUCUCCGUCCAAAUUCCCCUGACUAGGAGGCAGUUGGAAAGCUUCUGAUUCUGAACUGCGGUUGAAAUGUUUGGAUGAUCUACACAAAGCUAUGGUAUGUCCUGAACAUGCUUUUAACUCAAUAGUCAAUACCAGUAGCUUUAAUCUCAGAACCUGAGAUUUCCAGCUCCAGAGUGCUUUCCCAAGUAGGUCUUGGCUCCUUAUCCUCAAUUUUUCAAUAGAACCAUCCAAUUGGUUAUGCUUUGAGUUAAGAACUAUUUGGUAUUAUACGACUACUGUUGCCCAUAAUUUGCCAACAGAUAAGGAAAAUUGGAAUGACUUGUUUAAGUGUUCCAAAAUUCUAACAUCCCACUUUGUUGCAUAGAUUGGUUACCAUUGCCCAUUGCUGUCUUUCCUUCGGUUUUUAGUAGGGAUUUAUUUUUUUGCCCUUAUCGGUUAUCUGUUUGGAUAAAGGUGCAGGAUCUCUUAAAUGUAUAGUUAUGCAAUGUCGUGUCAACGAGCCUCGAAUUUUGAUCUUGUUUAUAUGGCAGUGACAGUGAAACUCAUGCGAGGAACUCAAAGUGCCUCAUCAAGCAAGUGCUCGCCAAGAGAGGAAUUGUAUUGCCAGCCCGAUCCAAGCAAGUCUUGUGUGAUGAGGAGAACGUUAAAUGUUCUUGUAUCGCGAUUUAACUGCUGGAGCUUCCUUGCAGAUUCAUGAGGGUAAGUUAACAUAGCUGGGUAGUCUGGCUGCUUGUUUCUUCCUACAGCAAGUUUACAGGGGGAAAGGGAGAAUGACCAGCUCUCAUCCCACUUCUGACGGCUCCUCAGGCAUUCAUUGGUUCGUCUGAUCUUCUCAGCUUUGUUGAACUCCCACUGAUCACUGGUAUGGCGUCUGCAUAAGCAAGUGCUUGCUGUCAUUGGCAAGGGGAACACUCUCAGUCAACUUUUAGAAAAAAAAACUAUACAUCUGUUCAUCAUUGGCUUUCCAGUGGAGCCGCCCCAAAAAAUGGCAUGCGUAGAACUGUUGCAAAAGUUCUGCUGCUGCAUGACUUGCAUUAUUCCGAUAUAAUAUGAGUAGCAUGUUUUCUGCAAAUGGCGAGUGGAGGGGCCAAUGGCCACCACGAUGUCAUGAUCAAAGAUAUGGGUAUUAUGAUUUGAUGAACUUUGUCUUUCCCCUUUCCCUGUCAAUGUUCUUGAGCCGAUCAUCUCUUCUUUGGUGCUAUGCCUUUUCAGGGCAUGUGUCAAUUUCUGCUAUGACGACAAAAAGAUAAGAGGAGAUAUGGGUCCCUGGCUUUAACUGCUCCAGCUUUCAAUUCAUCGAUCUGGAAAUGAAAGGGGAAGAGGGAGACAGGAAUGACUGACUUUCCUGCCGAACUGACACUGAACCUUUGUUGGAAAUAAUAGCAAGACUUGUGGUAAUAAUACUGACAGUGAGACAACACCUGGAGAAUACAUCAAUGAUCAAACU